AUGGUGCUACUGGUCUUCCAGGAUGGGGACCGCAUGAUCCUCAAUGCGCCUGGUUCGAAACGUUGCAUGAUAUGGCUGCUAAUCGAUAUCAGUAGCUCUAUUGUUUUCAGUUUCUCUCCAGAUUGCCUGAAUGGGUGUCUGGAGGUACUUUCAAAUGGAUCAUGGUUGCACGGCAGUGAAGCAUCAAUGUCGAACACUGAUGCUGUCGAGUCGAUAACGAUGAUGAUGAUGAUGUUCAAACGGGUGAGAAACAUUCAGAGUGAUGUGGACAAAACCCCAGCCCAUCUGACCACAUUUCCUUGA